GCCUCAUCGGAACUGCCAAGGAACUUACGAAGCAGACACUUGAAUCGCAGCGCCAAAGUUUUUGCAACAGCAAACCAUAUUCCUUUCUGUCAGAUAAGUCACCAAAAUCUGCAAAAUCCUUAUCGCCGAUCCCAACCGUCACGCUAGAGAAAAAUCAUGCGAAUUUGCAAUAUCAAACCCUAGAGCAAGUGUCUGAGGUGGGUGUUUUUCUCUUAGUGGCGGAAAUGGAGAUUGAGUUCAACAGAAUCCAUGUUCAGUUACCCGAAGGAGUGGCUCCAUUCACACAUAUUACUCGAAAUGAACGUUCAGGCCGAAAGCAGAUAAAGCAAAAAGAAGAGGAUAUUGUCGUCUGUGAAUGCAAAUUUGAUUUCAGCAAAGCUGACCUUGCAUGUGGAGAUAGGUGUUUGAAUGUAUUGACCAGCACAGAAUGCACACCUGGAUAUUGCCCUUGUGGAAGCUAUUGCAAGAACCAGAGGUUUCAAAAAUCUGAAUAUGCAAAGACAAAAUUAUUCAAGACUGAGGGCCGUGGAUGGGGUCUUUUAGCUGACCAAAAUAUCAAGGCUGGACAGUUCAUUAUUGAAUAUUGUGGAGAAGUAAUUUCUUCAGAUGAAGCAAAGGAAAGAUCUCAAACUUAUGAAGCUCAAGGUUUAAGGGAUGCGUAUAUAAUAUCUCUGAACGCCAGUUACUUUAUUGAUGCCACCAAAAAAGGAAGUCUUGCUAGAUUUAUAAACCAUUCCUGCCAACCGAACUGUGAGACAAGGAAGUGGACAGUUUUGGGGGAAACAAGGGUUGGUAUUUUUGCAACCCAAGACAUAUCUAUUGGAACUGAAUUGGCAUAUGACUACAAUUUUGAAUGGUAUGGUGGUGUCAAUGUGCGUUGUCUCUGUGGGGCUCCUAACUGUUCUAUUUUUCUUGGUGCAAAGUCUCAGGGUUUCCAGGAGCAUAACCAUGUGUGGGAAGACGGUGAUGACAGAUAUACAGUUGAUGAAUUUCCCCUGUAUGAUUCUGCUGAAGACGAACCUUCAGAUAAACUCAACAAAGUUACGGACUCUGCCAUCCAAGAAACGUCAAUAACUGUGAAGACAGAAUACGCUGGGCUAAACAACGACAGUUUUGGGUAUAAAUACAAGACAUGUUUUUCAGGGAUGGUUGGUGGUGGGGCAGUUGGUAACUUCAAGUGUGAAGCGGAUGGGGAGAAAGAAGGUGGUCAGCAUCCUGUGGUAGCUUCUGGGCUGAGGAGUAAUAAUGCUUUUGGGGAUUUUAACAACGGAUCAGGUACAGGAUCUACAAAACGGCCAGCUAAGCGUAGCCCAAACAGAAAGCAAAAGCUUUCUAGUAGGAAGCAGAUCAAUGGAAAACGUGUUGCUCAACUCUUUGCUUCAAAAAAAGUUCAAGAUGAACUCAUAAAAUGCGAGGAGGUAAGAAGUGAAGCAACUGCAAAACUUGAUUCCGUAUAUGAUGAAAUACGCCCUGCAAUUGAAGAACGCGAAAGGGACAGCCUGGAUAGCCUGCCGACUAGCGUAGCAGAAAAGUGGAUAGAAGCGUCAUGCUCAAAGCUCAGAGCAGAUUUAGAUCUCUACUUCACAGUUGUCAAAAAUGUAGUCUGCCCUCCUCCCAUUACAACUGAACCAAAUCCAUCAGGGCCAGGAGAUACUGAGAAUGCUGUUGAUUGCACCAAAAAUUAAUGCUGCUGCUGCUACUAUCUUGAACAUACAGUUUUGAUUUUGGAAUUUGAUGGAGUCUGAGAUGACAACUAUUUGGGUGCUUAAUCAAACUGCAAAAUUUUAUGGUGAAUGUUGGCAUUGUCGAUGCCGUAAGCCUGUCCUUAUCGAAGAUGCAUAUAGCGCAGAUGUUGAUGCAUAUCUUGGCAAGGUUUGCAGCUGUGAGAUGAACAGCC